CUUCCCUGCCUCGUGUGCCGGCUGCCUGGUAACCACAACUGCUUUCAUGUCAUGGACCGUGGUGAUUCCCAGGAUGGAGAUGUGCUGCUGGCUGCCUUCUUACCACUAUGUUUAUACUAUGUCGAGAUAAUCCCGAACAAUCCUGAAGAACACCUCAUGUUCGAAUGCUUUCAGUCCAAGAACUUCCAGUACGUGCUGGCCCUGAUGUUUGCUAUUGAGGAGAUCAACAGGAACCCCCACCUCCUGCCCAACCACACUCUAGGAUUUGAUCUCUUCAAUGUCAUGCACAGCAAUGUGAGGAUGCUGAAGAAUGCACUCAUGUGGCUGACAGGGAUAAACACAAUCAUCCCUAACUACACAUGCAGGAGAGGGGCCAAGGCUGUGGCGGUUCUAUCAGAGACUGGAAUUUCCAUCCAGAUGGGGAUGCUGCUGGAACUGUACAGAAUCCCACAGAUGGCCCCAAAGGACACUUCUCUGGCCCUCGCCAUGGUCUCCCUGAUGCUGCACUUUGGCUGGACGUGGGUGGGGCUGCUUGUCUCCGAACACCAGAAGGGUGUGGUGUUUCUGUCCGAUUUGAGAGCAGAGAUGCAUGAGCAUGGCCUCUGCCUGGCCUUUGUGGAGCUGAUACCAGUCAACUACCACUUUGUUCCCUCAGUAGAGUUAAAACAGCCAACCCGCAUCAUGAUGUCCUCAGCCAAUGUGGUUGUUCUGUUUGGUGACACAGAAUCAUUUACCAACCUGAUAUUGGUGCUGACAAAGUCGCUGAUCACAUGGAAGGUCUGGGUCACUACCUCCCACUUGGACUUUGCCACCAGUAUGCAAAACUUCCUGCUGCAUUCCUUCCACGGUGCCCUCGUCUUCACUACGCAAAACAGAGAGAUCUCUGGUUUCAGACCCUUCCUGCAAACAGCAACUCCUGCCAAGUAUCCAGAAAACAUUUACCUUGCCCUGUUCUGGCCUCUGGCCUUUAACUGCUCCAUUUCCGAUGCUGACUGUAGGAGACUGCAAGGUUGUCCCCCAAAUGCCUCCCUGGAGUGGCUGUCCUGGCAGGAUUUUGACAUGACAAUGAGUGAAGGGAGCUACCACAUAUACAAUGCUGUGCAUGCUGUGGCCCACUCUUUACACAAGAUGCAUGAACAUGCAUCAGAAGUGCAGCCAUCAGGGCCUGAUGGGACUACAAUGAUUCCCCACUGGCAGGAGGUGCAUCCCUUUCUCAAAAGCCUCCAGUUUACAAAUCCUGCUGGUGACCCUGUGAACCUGGAACAGAAAAGAAAGCUGGCUGCAGCAUAUGACAUUCUGAAUUUCUGCAAUUUUCCCCAAGGACUUGGCCAUACCGUGAAAGUGGGACAUUUCUCCCCCUAUGAUCCACCAGGCCAACAGUUGUCUCUCUCUGAGGAGCUGAUAGAGUGGGCCACUGGGAUCACACAGCCCCCACAAUCAGUGUGCAGCACUAGCUGUGGUCAUGGGUUCCGGAGAACCACUCGGGAGGGAGCGCCCACCUGCUGUUUUGGCUGCACCCUCUGUCUAGACAAUGAGAUUGCCAAUGAGACUGAUAUGGACCAGUGUGUGGCAUGUCCUGAUCACCAGUAUGCCAACGCAGAGCAUGACCGAUGCCUGGACAAGAAAGUGACAUUUCUGGCUUUCAAAGAUCCCCUGGGAAUGGCCCUGGCCUGCACAGCUCUGUCAUUCUCCAUCCUCACAGCUGCCAUCCUAGGGGUCUUUGUGAAGCACCAAGACACACCCAUCGUCAAGGCCAAUAACCGCACCCUCAGCUACAUCCUACUCAUUGCCCUCCUCCUCUGCUUCCUCUGCUCCUUCCUCUUUAUUGGGCGUCCCAACACAGUCACCUGCCUGCUAAGACAAAUCACCUUUGCCCUUGUGUUCACAGUGGCUGUUUCUGCUGUACUGGCAAAAACCAUCACUGUGGUUCUGGCCUUCAAGGCCAUGAAACCUGGAAGGACAAUGACGCGAUUGCUGUUGUCAGCAGCCCCAAAUUCUGUCAUUCCCAUCUGCUUCUUCAUCCAACUGACU